GUUGUGACAGCUUCCCGUCGGCGAGUGCAAUACUCUGGCCUCCGUCUUAAUCGACUUGGAACGACCCGUGCUUGGGGCGCCCUUCAAGUCUCAUAAAUGGGGCGGCAGAGCUGAAGAACAGCAGUGCUGAAUUGGCAAUUUCCUCCUUGUCUUGCGCUAUUUAGUACAUAGGGUCAUGCGAACCCACGGCCUAGCCCAACUCACACAUACACGUCCGUCACCGUCGGGCAUCCCUCUUCUUCUCUCCAGAGAACAGGACUUUUCUGCCAACUGGCAGACAACACAGCAUGCGUGCCCGGGUACGAAAAACAUGUCUAUCACACACCAGGAAUCAAACCCCGAAGCCUCCUUUCCGCCCCAGCGCCACCGUCUUCAUCGAGUAACCAGAUAUAAAGUCCCGAGAUGUUUCCGGGCCACGUAUUUGAAUUUGUAGUACGAGUCGGCAAGCACCGAAAAAGUCGACAAUGCAGCAGUGAAGUAGUGGAUAGCGUUGUUAUUACAUUCCA